AUGCCUGUGAAGAAAAAAAGUUCAAAAGGUGGCUCUGGAGUACAGUCAUACCCUAACUUCGAUCCAUCAGCUGAUGUUGUUGCUUUGGACAAAGCUAUUACUGUAAAGGGUGUGGAUGAAGCCACCAUCAUUGACAUCUUGACUAAAAGAACAAAUGCUCAGCGUCAGCAGAUCAAAGCUGCCUAUCAGCAGGCUAAAGGAAAGAGUCUGGAAGAAGCCUUGAAAAAAGUUCUGAAAAGCCACUUGGAAGAUGUUGUUGUGGCUCUGCUCAAAACUCCAGCUCAGUUUGAUGCUGAAGAAUUAAGAGCUUCUAUGAAGGGGCUUGGAACUGAUGAAGAUACCUUAAUUGAGAUUCUGGCCUCAAGAAACAACAGAGAGAUCAGAGAAGCCAACAAAUACUACAAAGAAGUGCUGAAGAGAGAUCUGACACAAGACAUUAUCUCUGACACAUCUGGAGACUUUCAGAAGGCUUUGGUUGCUCUAGCCAAGGCUGACCGAUGUGAAGAUUCUCAUGUGAAUGAUGAGCUUGCUGACAGUGAUGCCAGGGCCUUGUAUGAAGCAGGAGAGAAAAGGAAAGGAACAGAUAUUAAUGUGUUUGUUACUGUUCUUACUGCAAGAAGCUACCCACAUCUCCGAAGGGUGUUUCAGAAGUACACCAAAUACAGCAAGCAUGACAUGAACAAGGUACUAGAUUUGGAGCUGAAAGGUGAUAUUGAGAACUGCCUGACUGCCCUUGUGAAGUGUGCCACAAGCAAGCCAGCUUUCUUUGCUGAAAAACUCCACUUGGCAAUGAAGGGCUUUGGGACACGGCACAAAGAGCUCAUCAGAAUCAUGGUUUCACGCCAUGAAGUGGAUAUGAAUGAGAUCAAAGGCUAUUACAAGAGUCUGUAUGGCAUCUCUCUCCGCCAAGCCGUUAUGGAUGAACUCAAAGGGGAUUAUGAAAACAUCCUGGUGGCUUUAUGUGGAAGUGAUAACUAAGUUUCAUGUUCCUGCAAUGCACUCAAGCCCUGUUGCUGAAGGUCUUUACAUUUGCCUCAGCUGUCUAUAAAAAAAUACAGGCUUUACACAGUGAGGUUUCUCUGGAAUGGUACUUAGUCCAUAUGUAUUAUGUCAAAAACCUGUAACCUGGAAUGUAUUUUUUCAGUAUCUUUAUUCUGAAUGGCAUUAAUAUCUCUUGUUGUCAUUAUUUAUCCAAAGUCAAAGAACGCCCUUAAGUUUCUAUUUGCUUGAUUAAUCAUAAAAAAGAUGAAGUUUUCAUCUAUGCAAAGCAAA